AUGUUCAAUCAAAGUGCACAUAGUAUACUUGGUUUCUGUUCUGAAUUUGGUCUAGGUAGACCCGUCGAUUUCAAGGAAGCAGAACGACAUUACUUUUUAGCUAUACCAUCUAAUAUAGAACAACAACUUCGUACUCCAUCUUAUCAUGAGAGAGACAACAAGGAUCUAGAGAGAGUAUUACUUGCUAUUUAUCGUUUAGCAGUCUUUCGAAAAUUUGGACAACCAGGUAUUAAAGUUGACUCUAAUCAGGCGCAUCAAUGGAUAUCCCUUUUAGAAUUAGGUGGAUUAAGAUCAACAGCAUGGAUUCAACGUACAGCCAAGAGAGACAAUUGUGCUGCGAGCCAAUUUUGUCUAGGUCACUUUUAUCAUUAUGGUUGGGUCGUGAAGAAGGAUAGCAAGAUGGCAGUUUAUUGGUAUAAAAGGAGUGCAGAUCAGAGGAAAUAUCCUCGAGCCGUAGCUACAUUAGGCUUUUGUCUUGCCGAGGGUAUAGGUGUUGAAAAAGAUGAGAAGAAGGCGUUUGUGUAUUAUGCAUGGGCAGCACGUUAUGAUGAUUGUUUUGCCAUCUAUCACUUGGGCUAUUGUUAUGAGGAAGGCAUUGGGGUCAUGAAGGAUGUCAAGAAGGCUUUCAAGUGGUACAAACUUGCUGCAGAGAAAGGGGACCUUGUCGCACAGAACGCAGUAGGCUAUUGUUAUGAAGAUGGUAUUGGUACUGAAAAAGAUCUUGUCAAGGCGGUCAAUUGGUAUACUCUAUCUGCUAUACAAGGUUAUCCAUGGGCGCAAUGUAAUCUAGGUUAUUGUUAUCAAAAUGGAUUAGGUGUUGAGAAGGAUAGCUUUAGUUGUGUGAGAUGGUAUCGAAGAGCUGCAUUGCAAGGACAUGCAAGGGCACAACACAAUUUAGGAUUCUGUUAUCAAAAUGGUAUUGGUGUUCAAAAAGUAAAUGAAAGGGAAGCUGUACGGUUAUAUGAGAAAAGUGCAGCGCAGGGCAAUGUAUUUGCUUAUCAUUCACUAGGUUAUUGUUUUCAAAAUGGCAUUGGUGUUCAAAUAAAUGAACGUAAAGCUGUAUUUUGGUAUAUGCAAAGUGCGAAUUGUAAUCAUGCACCAGCUCAAGUAUCCCUUGGUUAUUGUUUCCGUAAAGGAACAGGUGUGGAGAAAGAUGAAGACGAAGCAGUAAAAUGGUUUAAACUCAGUGCAGAGCAAGGAAAUGCUACAGCACAAAAUUCACUAGGAUUUUGCUAUGAGGAAGGGAUAGGAACGACGGGUAAGAAUCCUAAAAAGGCUGCCUAUUGGUACUCAAAGGCUGCCCUUCAAGGGAAUGCUUGGGCACAAUGUAAUCUUGGAUACUGUUACGCGAAUGGGAUUGGAGUGGAUCGAGAUGUAUCAAAGGCUAUUUAUUGGUAUAAAAAGUCAGCUCAACAGCAACACACUCGAGCUCAAGAAAAAUUGGCUCAUUAUUUACAAGCUGGUUAUGGAAUCAGACAAGAUCUUGAAUUAGCAUUUAAAUUAUUUAAACAAUCGGCAGAACAAGACUGUUUAUCUGCAAAGUAUCAUUUAGCAAACUGUUAUGAAAAGGGUUUAGGUUGCCCAGUCAAUCUUGAAAAGGCAGCAUUAUGGUUUGAGAGUGCUGCAGUAGCUGGCUGUCGAAGCUCUUAUGAUAGACUUAGAAGAUUGCUGGUUCAAGUCUGUUUACUUUCUCCUUAUAAUACAGUUCAUUCAAUUACAAUCAUGAAUGAAAAGGAAUUACUAUCAAAUGGCCUCAUAUUGGGCUGUAGUGCCCCUGCAGCAUAG